AUGGUGGAACGUUCCGAUCUCCACUGGGCGGAUUACCUCAUAAUCAUCAUUCACUUUAUCAUCACUGUGGCAGUGGGCCUCUAUUCGACAUGGAAAUCAAACAGGGGAACUGCCAACAGUUAUUUUCUGGCUGGACGGGACAUGAAGUGGUGGGCGGUGGGCAUGUCACUGUACGUAUCAAAUAUCGGCAGUACGUCAUUUGUCGGCAUGUCCGGGGCGGCCUCCGCUCAUGGCCUCUCUGUUAUAUGCUACGAGUUCUCUGGAAUUUUUAGCCUAUUGCUGUUAGGUUUUUACUUCGUACCCAUUUACAUCGCCAGCGGGGCCUUCACCAUGCCGGAGUAUUUGAAAAAACGUUUUGGUGGAAACCGCUGCCAAAUUUACCUGGCAACACAAAAUAUGCUUCUUUUUGUCUUUGUGAAGUUAUCGGCGGAGAUAUACGCGGGUUCUAUCAUCAUACAACAGACGCUGGGGUGGAGCCUGUACCCUUCUGUUCUCAUGUUACUCAUCAUCACAGCCUUCUACACACUUGUCGGUGGGCUUACCGCCGUGAUCUACACUGACGUGUUACAGACAGUUGUCCUGCUGCUCGGGGCUGUUAUACUGGCUAUUCUGGGCUUUGUCGAGGUCGGAGGUUAUCAGGAGAUGGUGACGCGUUACAUGGCAGGUGUUCCCAACGUAACAGGCAUUAGUGGUAACGAUAGCAACAACAGUUGUUUACUUCCGGACGAGAGUGCUUUCCACAUUUUUCGACCGAUCACAGACCACGCUUAUCCCUGGCUCGGGACUUUCUUUGGGGCCAACAUCCUGUCCGCCUGGUACUUCUGCACCGAGCAGGUUCUCGUGCAGCGCUCCCUUGCGGCAAAGAACCUUAACCACGCCAAGGCGGGCAGCAUUUUGGCCGGCUAUAUGAAGAUUCUGCCCAUAUUCCUGAUGGUCUGGCCUGGAAUGAUCAGCCGGGCGCUUUAUGCUGAUGACGUUGCCUGUGCUGACCCGGUCAGGUGUAAGGCGGUUUGUGGAAAUCCUCGGGGGUGCUCCAACAUCGCGUACCCUCUUCUGGUCAUAAGGCUCAUGCCCAUAGGUUUGCGCGGGUUAAUGCUGGCUGCCAUGGUAGCCGCCUUCAUGAGUUCGCUGACGUCCAUCUUUAACAGUGCCAGUACCGUCUUUACCAUUGACAUGUGGAAGCGGGUUAGGAAAGGCGCCACAGAAAAGGAACUCAUGGUCGUAGGCAGGAUAUUUAUUGUGGUCUUUGCCGCCGUCAGCGUUGCCUGGUUACCAAUCGUUGCUACGGGACAGAGUGGUCAACUGUUCAAUUACAUCCAAUCAGUGAGCUCAUACUUGGCACCUCCUGUUCUCGCGUGCUUCACCGUAGGAUCGCUGUGGGCCAGGAUAACGGAACCGGGUGCCUUCUACGGCCUCCUGGUAGGCCUAGUCCUGGGGGUGAUUCGGAUGGUCUGUGACUUUAUCUGGACGUCCCCGGGGUGCGGACAGCCGGACUAUCGCCCGGGGAUCAUAGCUAACUUCCACUACCUCCAUUACGCCAUGUUUCUGUUCGCUGUCAGCAUCAUCGUCACUAUUGUUGUCAGUUUGUUAACUACACCUAUACCCGGCGAACAGUUGGUGGGAGUCACGUGGUUUACGCGUGAAGUUCCGCCCCCCGAACCGAAGGCGGUAUCCGACGAAGAAAGCGAAACGGAUGGGCUGGUGAAAACUCUGGAGGUGGUGGAUAGGCCGACAGAGGUGGCCAAUAUCAAUAAACCGAGUUUCUUUACCCGUCUGGUCGGUUGGAUUUGCGGAACAUUCUCCUCCCAGAGGAUGACUCCAGAACAACAAGAGGCGCUCAACAAGAAAAUGAUCCAGAUGGCGCUGUCAGUGGAUCCAAAAUGGCGCAAGAUCAUAACACUCAAUGGUAUUGUUUUGUUUGCAAUCGGAGCCUUUGUCUGGGGAUAUUUCGCCUGA